AUGACUCCCGAUUUUUGGACUGGACUCCAGGAUUACUGGCAGCGUCCCGAGGUUGAGGCUGUUUCAGAUCGAGCACGUGCCAACCGGAUGUCCGAGCCCGAUGGGGAGGGUACAGGGAUCAGUAGGCACGUGGGCGGGUCCCAGUCGACUCGUAUCCUGCAGCAGUAUAUGAGCUUGGAUCCUGGUACUCCCCAGGAUGCACCGAACUAUGCCACCUUCCUCCGCCUCCACACGUACACCGACGGAAGUUAUACGUCGGAGAGAGAUGCUAGAAUUGACGCCGAGGUUCAUCGACUGGCCGCUGCCACAGGACGACAGGAGCGGCUAGACGAGGUGUAUUUGGAGGUGGUGCAAAUUGAUAGGUCACGGAUCUACGGCGUCGAGAGUGCCGGGCAGAGUCAGGCUAGUAGGGGGUCUAUCCGCAGCACGGGCAGUUCUGCGGUGUCUCAGUAGCUUUAUGAGACACGGAUCUCCACGCUGGAGGAGCAAUUGGCGGCAGAGCAAGCACAACGCCAACAGAUGGAGGACCGCAUGGCGGCAGAGCAAGCACAAC